CUCGGGUUUAAAUGAAUACGCAUAUAUGUAAAAUAUAUUAGUACAUCAUUGGUUCACCUUGUUAUUGGUAUUCGAUAAAAUGCUGUUCAAUAUCAAUUUUCUCAAAGUAUUCGGUUUUUGUUUAUUUUUGACAGCAGCCGCACAAAAGUCAAAUUAUAAAUAUAUAGGAUGUUAUUUGGGAGAAAAUUUACUAUCUCUCGGAGAAGAGAGUCGUGUCUUAAAUCCUAUAUCACCUAAAUCUUGUUCGGAGUUUUGUUCUGCGAAAAAAUAUUUAUUUUUCAUACUUAAAAAUGAUACAUGUUACUGUAGUAAACACUAUAUAUCGAGAUUAAUGAAAGAAUUUGAUCACGUUUGUACGAAAAAAUGUGCUGGGGAUAAUCAAGCCACAUGUGGAGGAACACCAAAUUUUGUGUCUUCGUAUACAACGGAUAGUUUAAUAACAAGCAAUUAUGUAGAAUAUGGUAGUUUUCCAAUACCAAUUUAUCUAGGAUGUUAUUCGGAAAUCCCAAAUGAUGAAGGAAAUCGUUUGUUAAAAGGACCAGCUCAACCUUAUAGUAACAAUACUCCUCAGAGAUGUUCUGAAAUUUGUUUCAAGAAGGGAUAUUUAUAUUUUGGUGUUACAUACGGAUCAGAAUGUUGGUGUGGUAAUCAAAAGCCAUUAAAAAUAUCUAAAGUAGAAGAUGCCAAUUGCAAUUCUCCUUGUAGUGGUGACAGUAAACAGUUCUGUGGUGGAGGAUGGAAGAUGGGAAUUUAUUCAACAGGAAUUACUGACUUUUUGGCAAAAAAGUAUGAAGGUUGCUUCGAAAACGAAGAAAAAAAAAAUAAAGGAAAGAAUUUAUCAUUCAACAUGGAACAAAAUAACAGUCCUCGACGAUGUAUGAAUCUUUGUAAUACUCAACGAUUCAAAUAUGCUGCUGUUAAUGGCAAUAUCUGUGAAUGUAUGAAGAAUGAACCAAGUAUAGGUUUAAAAAGAAGUUUUAGUGACUGUAGUACUUCUUGCUUAGAAGAUCCGUCUGAAAAAUGUGGUGGAAGUGUAACACGAAACAUUUACAAAACAUUGUACUCAGAUCAACAAGGAAAAGUAAAAAUGGAUCGUAUCGGAUGUUUUAAUAAUUUUAAGAGACAUCCAAUACUAAAUGGCUGGGAAAUAACGUCUAAUCACCUUACUCCUAAAAAUUGUGUAUAUAGUUGUUAUGCAAGAAGGUUUCCAUAUGCAGCUCUUACAUCUUCAAAAGAAUGCUUAUGCAGUUUUAAAAAACCAUCUUUUGAAGCAAAAACAGAAGAUAACAUGUGCGCAACACCUUGUUCGGGUUCAUCUCAGCAGUUAUGUGGUGGUAAUAAUGUAAUAGAUGUAUACAGUACUGGUAUGGAGUGGAAAACAGAUGCAAUUGGAAAUUAUUAUUUGGGUUGCUUCGAGGAAAGCCAAAGUAACAGGAUGUUUAGUAACUCUCGGUCUCUUUCUAAAAAUACUCCAGAAUUGUGUUCUACUAUAUGUUACAAACUUGGGUAUACUUACUCGGGAGUAACGUAUAUAGAAGGAUGCUUUUGUGGUAACCAGCCACCAGCUGAGUCCCUGUUUCCCAAAGUGGAAGACAAGCAAUGCAAUACUAAAUGUGCAGGUGAUACCAAUCAAUAUUGUGGUGGUGGAUGGAGAAUGGGAGUUUUUUCCACUGGAUUAUAUGAUUUUUCAAUUGAAGGUCGGUACUUAGGUUGUUUCGUGAUGCAGGAAAAUAUUUUAAGCAACUUUAAAUUUGAACUUAUUGACACAAAUUCACCUAGUAAAUGUUCUACACUCUGCAAUAAUGCAGGAUAUCAAUUCUCAGGAGUUAUUGGUAUAAAUUGUUUAUGUGGACGACAAAUUCCUGGUAGGGAUCAAAGAGUAGGUGAUACUGAUUGUGAUACACCAUGUAUAGGUGAUUCGAGCAAUACAUGUGGCGGUGAAGAUAGAAUUCAGAUUUAUGAUCUCAUGAAAGUGAUCGAUCAUAGUGGAACUUCAAAUUCACAUGAAUCAAACAAUUUCGUGGAAACAUUUGAUUCUCUAAAUGUUGAAUCACGUUGGACUCAUGAUAUUUAUAUUCCUCAAGAACCGGAUUAUGAAUUCGUUUUUUAUAACAAUUCUGAACAAAAUAUACAUGUGAAAAAUGGUGAACUAUUUAUCAAGCCCACGAUCCAAUCAGAUAGUUUUGUUAGGAGAGGUUGUUUAACAUUGAAAGGGUGCACCAAGGAAGAAGGAUCUACCGAAUGUUCUAGGAAUGCUUCAUCUUUUAAUAUAUUACCUCCAAUUGUUUCUGCUAAACUCAACACGAAAAAUAAUUUUUUAUUCCAGUAUGGAAAACUCGAAGUAGAAGCCAAAUUACCUAUUGGAGAUUGGAUAGUGUCAGAAAUAGCUUUAAUAAGUAAAUCCAAUGAGAAAAAUAAAUUAAUAUUAGCUACAUCUUUUGGAAAUACAAAUUUAAAAUGUAAUGGAGAAGAUGAAAGCGCAGCUGUCUUAAAAUAUGGAUUGAAAAUUGAUGAGACAUAUCACGUGGAUUCAAAAAUGAUAAAAUUGUCAUCUCAAAGAAACCGUUGGUCUGAUGACUAUCAUACUUUUGAAUUUUCCCGGUCUCCUGAUAAUAUUGUAUUUAGAAUAGACGGUGAAAGUAACCAAUUAGAUACAUCGGAUUUACCAAUGAACUUAAUAUUUGAUUCUGAAUUUUAUUUAUCAAUUGGUGUGUCGGUCGGUGGUAUGUUAAAUUUUCGUGACGAUUGCUUAAGUAAUGGACAUUUAAAACCAUGGAAAAAUUUUGAUACAAAGGUUAUGCUGAAUUUUUGGAAGGACAAGAAUUAUUGGUCAACAACAUGGGAUAACGAGCUGUCAAUAUUACGAAUUAAAAAAAUCAAAUUCACAUCUUCCGAUAGUAUUAAUUAGUUAUUCUGAACGAAAAGAAUAAAGAAUGAUGAAUUUAAAUCGAUUUAUUAAAAAUAAAAAUAAUUGAACCUAUACAUUUGAAAA